AUGGGGACGCAAGAGUCGUUUGAUACACUCAUUGAGACACUCAGAAGCAAACCAGACGAGCAGGAAUUGCAUCAUAUUCUUAAAAAGUUGGUCAAGGACCCCCCAUCCACAAGAAAUGAAACAUUAGCAUUGGUUCUGGUGCUCUUAUCAACUACGGUUCCGGAAGUGUAUUGGCAAAUUCCACAGCUUAAAGGCUCCAUAGCUGCUUGUUGCACGUCAAUUAUAGGCUUGGGCAACCUUCUUGCUCGAAUAAACAUGGCAAACAAAUCUAAAGAGUACACUUUGUUGCAGUCGUUCAUUGAUAUACUAGUGCGAAUCUGUCGAGACAAAGUUGUUACGAUUCUCAUGAGUUCUGCUUCGUCUCGGUCAGAAAUAGCCGAAAUAGAACGGUACUUUUUCAAAGGAAAAAUCUACUUGGCCACGGCCGAACUCGAUCUGCAUUACGUUGAAAGUACGAUAUUUUCUUCGAUUGAUUCAUACUGUGCAUUUUUGGCACCCCAAAUCCACGAUACUUUGCAAACAAGUGUUAGCCAGGCCAUCCCGUUUAUUCAUUCUGCAUUUUCAUUUCACCCCAAGUUCAGUGGACAUAUGUUCAACUUGCUUUUCCGCUCGGAAAAUUUGCAUCUUUUCAUCAGCAUACUCAAGGAACUGAAAUCAUUUCAAAGAAAACGUCUUCUUGAACGAUUCUGGUGCGAGUUUCUCCCCAGUAUUUUAGGCACAGAUACCAAACUAGAAGCUUUGGCAUAUAUACUUGGUACUUUUCCUCAUAAUGAUCUCGAUGUGGUGCUUGUGGAGAACAUUGUCGAAACUAUGAACACAAAUUUGUACAGGCUUGCAACUUACAGAUUAUCGCUUGAAUCUGAACAAAAUACAAGAGCUGUGACCCAAUCUCAGCUUCAGAAAUGGGGAAGUGAGCCAGCGAUAAAAUUGGAAUCGAUUGUUCUACAGCAAAUGCGCACAAGCUUUCUCAUACUCCUGCUCAAGAAUCAGCCCCAAGAAUGUGCAAAACUACUUAAGGAUCCUCUUUUCAUCAAUGCGGUUUCCACUAGACUCGGUGCCUUCUCUGAUGCUGUGAAAAAUCUUGCUUUGGUACUAACAAACGAGCUUUGUAAUGGAGCGGGCCAGGAGCCCAUAUUCAAAAAUUUGGUAGUUGACGAACAACUUUCUGCACUUGAACCAAAGUUUAGCUCUUUGGACGAAGCUUGGGAUGUGUUUUCACAAGCAGUGGAAGUUCCAGACCAAGAAAUUCAAAAGUUAGAGACAAAUGUUGCAUCUUUGAAGGUGGAUCAAAUUGUGAAUAAUAACGACUCUGACUAUAGUUCCGACGACGAUGAUCCCACAGUACGCAAAAAGGCUAUCCAAAAACCCUUAUACAUUAAAGAUCUUCUAGCUUAUAUCAGUGUGGAUACCAAUGACAGUGCAGCAUUUGAGAAGAGAAAACUGGCUUUUGAACAUGGUCCAACGCUUAUCAGACAAAAGCUGCGACACGGAAGCGAGCUUCGAAUCUAUACUGAGAAACUAUUGACUAGUCUCCUUGCCAUGACUAAUAUCUACGAAGAUGCUAAUUUUGAGCAAGCUCGUCUCAAUUGUAUGAUAGCGGUGGCCAGCAGUGACAUUUCUCUGGGUGCUAUUCUUGUGGAGCUUUUGGCUGGUGGGGACUACUCGUUACAGCAAAGAGUAACCAUUCUUUCAACGCUAUCUUUUGCGGCACGAGAGUUGGCUGGAAUCGAGGACGAAUUCGUAAAAAGCUCAUACACUGCUAAAGAUUUUGUUUCAGAAAAACUUCCACCAAAAUUGCACAAACAGCUAAUUGGGUCAGACGACGUGAGUGUUUCAAGGUUAAAUUCGGCACAUUUAGCACUAGAAAAUGAUCUCAUGAGAGAACGUUCAGAAAAGGCGAAGGACCAAAUCGUUGGUGGUACGAUUCUCAGAAUGUCCAGCAAAGUUCAAAAGACAAAUUCAACCCAUAUAAUCAAGACUAGAGAAACUGAUUUCCACAAAUUCAUCGGACCCAAGUUCUUUUUUCCAUUGAUUAAUCUUUGGCACCAAGUGGACGGCAUUGACAUCGGCCACUAUUCGCCUAUUUUAACCUCCCACUAUGUGAGAACAUUAACUUUGAUCUUACACUCAGCAUACCCUGUUGCUACUGAUUUUAGAGAUAUGACUCGAGAACUACUUUUGGUGAUUGUGACAGUAAUUGCUGAAGUGCAAUUGGACCAGAUUCCGUUGAUAGAGAGCAUUUUUACUGGUAUUUUAUUGGUGUUGGAUACGUCUGAAAGCCAGUAUCUCAUUGAGACUUUUUCCAAUGAACUUCAAGCCAUUGAGAUGUGGGCAUCAGCUGUAUGGGAAAAAAUCAUCGACGAAAAAGUCAAGAGUCUUGGUGCCGGAGUGUUACUACGUCUCCAUGAAAUUUCAGCCAAAUACGAGCGCACAUUAAUGGGUCAAUUGAACAGUACGUUUUAA